UCUCUCAACCUUAAAUCUUCGCGUACAACUAUAUAAACAUAAAAAAAUAAUAAUAUAUUAAUAUUAUAGUAUAGAAAGGGGCCGGGGUUGAAGAUGGCGGGGGCGGCGGAGUUGUCGGCGGAGGUGAUGGAGAGGAUCUUCAAGCGGUUCGACGGGAACGGGGACGGAAAGAUAUCGUUGGCGGAGUUGGGGGAGGCGCUGAGCGCUCUGGGGUCGACGUCGGCCGACGAGAUCCAGCACAUGAUGGCCGAGAUCGACACCGACGGUGACGGAUACAUCGAUUUCGCCGAGUUCACCGCAUUUUGCCGCGCCAACUCCGGCCUCAUGAAGGACGUCGCCAAGGUCUUCUAAGCCUCUCCUUGAAUAGUGUGUCGUACGUUGCACCACAAAUUGUUACAUCUAUAUAUAAUUUUUUUUCAAAUUUUUUAUCUUAUUUUCUCUGCAUUUUUAAAAAAAAUGGUUGAAGAGAGUAACAUGAAUUGAAGGAACUAGUCAUAAACGUUAGAGUGAUGUGGAAAGUAUUCAGAGAUUCACCUUUUAUUAUUUGUUAUUAAUUAUUAA